GCAUGCAUGUACAAAAAAAAAAAAACAAAAAAAAAACGGAAGUUUUUAUUUUGUAGAACAAAAUGUCAGCCUCUAUAGUUCGUUCUUGUGCUUUUGCACAACAAAUGACAUUGAUGACAUUGCGAACGUGUGCUACUUCUGUUUAUCAUGUAUCUAAAAGAAAUUAUGACCAAUAUCGUAUGAAAUAUUUGCGAGAAAUGUAUAAGAGGAGGCUUGAAGUUGGUCCAGAAAAAGAAAGGCGUAGGUCUGAAUGGAUCAACUGGAAUUAUGACAGUGAAAUAUUUGCGUUCGGAAAGCGUCUUGGAGAAGAAUUUAAUGAAACCACUAUCAAACAAGCAUUCAUUCACAGUUCUUAUGUUGAGAAGGAAAGGGCAAAGAGAGCAGAACUGGGACUUAACUUGAAAGAUUUAACUUUUGAUUUGGAAGAUAACUCAGAAUUAGCAGAAAAAGGGGCAGAUCUAAUCAGUAACUAUGUGAAAGUCUACUUGAGGAACAUGUAUCCAUAUUUUUUUGAGGAAGGCAUAUGUGCAAUCCAUAACUACCUAGUAUCUGAAAGUAUGUUAUCACACAUUGCUAAACAUAUUGGAUGUGGGGACUUGAUUCUGUCAGAAGAUUUCCCAGUCUUGCCCUCAACACUGAGUCAGACAUUCAAAGCUGUUGUUGGUGCUGUGUUAAAAGAUAGGGGUCAAGAAAAAGCUGAGACUUUUGUUAGAGAUUUUGUUCUCCCUCAACUAAUCAGCAAAGAUAUCAAUGAGCUGUGGGAAGUAGUGAAUCCUAUGGGACUCUUGACUGCUGUGUUAGCUUUGAUUGGGAAAGGUCCACCAGAACCAAGGUUACUUUGGAAGUCUGGCGCUAACACUAUCAUGGCAUUGUACUGGGUGGGGAUCUACAGUGAUAAACAGCUCGUAGCCAAAUCACCUGGAGAAACAGUUACAAUUGCUGAAGAAAUGGCAGCUCGGGAAGCCCUAAAGAAACUGAUGAAGACAGAAGACAGCAGAUCUCCAUUAAUCCUGGGCAGAAUGGCAGACAAUUUGAAGUUGGACUACAAGAAGGUCAACAUGAGUGCAGCAGAAGUUUUAAAAAAUUACUACAGUCAACUCAAGAAACAAAACACAGCCUCUGCAUGAACAUUUGGAAAAGAAAGUUGUUUUUUUAUUAAGAAAGAAUGAUAUCUAUUUGUAUGUAAAAUAAAUUUGAUUCUAAACAUU